AACCGCAGCCCGGGCCGCCGGGGCCUGCGCAGCCGAGCAGCGCUACGCAACGAGCGUAGCGCGACGAGCCCCCAGCGCGCAGGCGCAGCGGCGACGGCAGCGGCAGCGGCCCAGGCCGAGGUGCGCGCUGGGGGGGAGGGGGGCCGGAGAGGAGCAUGAAUGGAGCAAAAUGGCGGAUCAUGUGCAGAGCCUGGCCCAACUGGAGAACCUGUGCAAACAGCUGUAUGAAACCACAGAUACAACCACUCGACUCCAGGCAGAGAAAGCUUUGGUUGAAUUCACCAACAGCCCUGACUGCCUGAGCAAGUGCCAGCUGCUCCUUGAGAGAGGAAGUUCAUCUUACUCCCAGCUACUGGCAGCUACAUGCCUUACAAAACUAGUAUCACGCACAAACAACCCUCUGCCGUUGGAACAACGCGUAGAUAUUCGAAACUAUGUACUCAACUACCUUGCCACUAGGCCAAAAUUGGCUACUUUUGUGACACAAGCGCUUAUUCAGCUGUAUGCCAGAAUCACAAAACUGGGUUGGUUUGACUGUCAGAAGGAUGACUAUGUCUUCAGAAAUGUCAUCACAGAUGUCACAAGGUUUUUACAGGAUAGUGUUGAAUACUGCAUCAUUGGCGUUACAAUUUUAUCUCAGCUAACCAAUGAAAUUAACCAAGCAGAUACCACCCACCCUUUAACCAAGCACAGAAAAAUAGCCUCGUCUUUCCGAGAUUCAUCAUUAUUUGAUAUUUUCACCCUUUCCUGCAAUUUAUUAAAACAGGCUUCAGGAAAGAAUUUAAACUUGAAUGAUGAAAGUCAGCAUGGCUUGCUCAUGCAACUACUCAAGCUCACUCAUAACUGCCUAAACUUUGAUUUUAUCGGCACGUCUACUGAUGAGUCUUCAGAUGACCUGUGUACAGUACAGAUUCCCACCAGUUGGAGAUCAGCGUUCUUAGAUUCUUCAACUCUGCAGCUGUUUUUUGACCUGUAUCAUUCCAUCCCUCCUUCAUUUUCACCUCUGGUAUUAUCCUGCUUAGUACAGAUCGCCUCAGUAAGAAGAUCCCUGUUUAACAAUGCAGAGAGGGCCAAGUUUCUCUCUCAUCUUGUUGAUGGUGUUAAACGAAUACUGGAAAAUCCCCAGAGUUUAUUAGACCCAAACAAUUACCAUGAGUUUUGCAGACUACUGGCUCGAUUGAAGAGUAACUAUCAACUUGGAGAAUUAGUAAAAGUGGAAAACUACCCUGAAGUCAUCCGAUUGAUAGCUAACUUCACAGUGACCAGCCUGCAGCACUGGGAAUUUGCCCCAAAUAGUGUGCACUAUCUCCUAAGCCUAUGGCAGCGACUGGCAGCCUCUGUGCCGUAUGUGAAAGCCACAGAACCCCACAUGCUGGAAACAUAUACUCCUGAGGUUACCAAAGCCUACAUCACAUCCCGUUUGGAAUCUGUGCACAUCAUACUAAGAGAUGGACUAGAAGAUCCUCUAGAAGAUACAGGUCUAGUCCAGCAGCAGUUGGACCAACUGUCUACAAUCGGGCGCUGUGAAUAUGAGAAGACCUGUGCCCUCCUUGUACAGUUGUUUGACCAGUCAGCCCAGUCCUAUCAGGAGCUGCUGCAGAGUGCCAGUGCAAGCCCCAUGGAUAUCGCUGUGCAGGAGGGAAGGCUAACGUGGCUAGUUUACAUCAUUGGUGCAGUGAUUGGUGGCCGAGUCUCUUUUGCCAGCACUGAUGAGCAAGAUGCUAUGGAUGGUGAACUUGUCUGUCGGGUUCUCCAGCUGAUGAACCUAACAGAUUCUCGAUUGGCUCAGGCGGGUAAUGAGAAGCUAGAAUUGGCCAUGCUGAGCUUUUUUGAACAAUUUCGUAAGAUCUACAUUGGGGACCAAGUGCAAAAAUCCUCUAAGCUAUAUCGCCGACUCUCAGAAGUGCUGGGCUUGAAUGAUGAGACCAUGGUCCUAAGUGUCUUCAUAGGAAAAAUCAUCACCAACCUAAAGUAUUGGGGCCGUUGCGAACCAAUCACCUCCAAAACACUACAGCUUCUGAAUGACCUCUCCAUUGGAUACAGUAGUGUGAGAAAACUAGUGAAGCUGAGUGCUGUGCAGUUCAUGCUGAAUAAUCAUACAAGCGAGCACUUUUCAUUUCUGGGUAUUAACAAUCAGUCCAACCUGACAGACAUGCGGUGUCGAACUACCUUCUACACAGCACUUGGGCGUCUCCUCAUGGUGGAUUUAGGAGAGGAUGAAGAUCAAUAUGAGCAGUUCAUGCUGCCACUCACAGCAGCAUUUGAAGCAGUGGCCCAGAUGUUUAGCACUAAUAGUUUCAAUGAGCAAGAGGCAAAGCGAACUCUAGUUGGCCUAGUAAGAGACCUCAGAGGGAUAGCCUUCGCCUUCAAUGCCAAGACCAGCUUCAUGAUGCUGUUUGAAUGGAUAUACCCCUCCUACAUGCCAAUUCUCCAGCGGGCAAUUGAACUGUGGUACCAUGAUCCAGCCUGUACCACACCUGUGCUUAAGCUUAUGGCUGAAUUAGUUCAUAACAGAUCCCAGAGACUCCAGUUUGAUGUCUCUUCUCCCAAUGGCAUCUUACUGUUCAGAGAAACUAGCAAGAUGAUAACAAUGUAUGGUAAUCGCAUCCUGACGCUGGGAGAGGUUCCAAAGGACCAAGUGUAUGCACUGAAGCUCAAGGGCAUUUCCAUCUGCUUCUCCAUGCUGAAGGCUGCUCUCAGUGGGAGUUAUGUCAAUUUUGGAGUCUUCCGUCUUUAUGGAGAUGAUGCUUUAGACAAUGCUCUACAGACCUUCAUCAAGUUGCUCCUCUCCAUUCCCCACAGCGAUCUCCUGGAUUACCCCAAGCUCAGUCAGUCCUACUAUUCACUACUGGAAGUCCUAACCCAGGACCACAUGAACUUUAUUGCAAGCCUGGAACCUCAUGUCAUCAUGUAUAUUCUUUCCUCCAUUUCUGAAGGACUUACUGCACUUGACACCAUGGUAUGCACAGGCUGCUGCUCCUGCCUGGAUCACAUUGUGACAUACCUCUUCAAGCAGCUGUCACGCAGCACCAAGAAGAGGACGACGCCCUUGAACCAGGAGAGUGAUCGAUUUCUGCAUAUCAUGCAGCAACAUCCAGAGAUGAUCCAGCAGAUGCUGUCAACGGUGCUGAACAUCAUCAUCUUUGAAGACUGUAGGAACCAGUGGUCUAUGUCCCGACCCCUACUUGGCUUGAUAUUACUUAAUGAAAAGUAUUUUUCCGACCUGAGGAAUAGUAUCGUGAACAGCCAGCCACCAGAGAAGCAGCAGGCUAUGCAUCUGUGUUUUGAAAACCUGAUGGAAGGAAUUGAGCGAAAUCUUCUUACGAAAAACCGAGACAGGUUCACCCAGAACCUGUCAGCAUUCCGUCGAGAAGUUAAUGAUUCGAUGAAGAACUCCACUUAUGGCGUGAAUAGCAAUGACAUGAUGAGCUGACAGCUCUUUGGACUCUUAUAUGUACAGAGCAAUGUCCCUUGGUGUGACCCAGGGGGGUGAACAAUUACAAGGGAGAGAGCCUGGCUGAUCCUGGCUACCUCCAAGGGUGUGGGGAAAAUAGCAGAGGUUAACUAGCUAUUUCCCCAGGGAAUAGGGUGUGAGUGCACUCUAGGGGGCAGGGCACUGCUGGUUCCUGGGGAUUGGGUGGGAAGGGUGGUGGGAGGAGAGAGAGGCGCAAAUGUGUGAGACUCCAGCCCCUCCUCCUGGGGCCACCCAAGAGAGGAGAACCCCCAGUGUCCUGCCACAACCUGCCUUGUAUAAACAUGUACAUUUUUUCAUAACAUUUUGAACAAGGUUUAUAUUGACUCAAGUUUAAAAACAAAAAGUGUGACUGAAAAAUUUUUACAGAGUCUAGUGCACCAAUGCUGAUGUGAGGGGUUGUGUAUGCGAGUAAGGAAAAAAUGUGUAUUCUGGUGGCCUGAAGCUUUACUGGAUGAGGAUGUAUGAACGUGCAGAGAUAUAUUUAGUGACACAGUGUAGAGAGGCAAAAAAAAAAGUUAAAAUUCCAAAUGUCUAUUUUUUCUUAUUGCCCUCUCCUUGCCCCAAAAAUUAUCACUUCCUGUUACUAUAUUACCCUUGUUAUUAGGAACUCUAAGCCAUGCAGAGCACCAUCUCUUCCCCCCCCCCCCAAUUCCACCCCAACCAUAGAUAACUGCCUUAGGGCUCAUGACAGACAACUAGGUGCAGUCAGUGACAGACAACCCCAGCUAUAAGUUUUGGUGUUUUUAGCUUUAUCCUCCUUACCACUUUGUUCCCCUUAUUCCCAGAUGCCUCCUGCUUUCAAAGUCAGAUGUGAUUUUAUGAAUUAGGGUUCUGAGCAAUCUGGAUGAAUCCACCAGAGGCCCAGAGUGUGGUUGGUAACUUUUAGUCUUCCCCAGCCCUCGAGGCAGUGUGUAUGGAUGUGUGCGUGUGGAUAUUUAUAAGUACCCUGCACUCGUGAAUGUAUGAACUGGAGGAAGUUACUACAGUUGAAGGUUCUUAAUAACAAGGUCUGCCUAGCAUGAAGUAUUUAACAUUCGCCCACCCUUUAAAAAGUAUACAUUUUUAAAAAAGGAAAACCAUAAUAAAUGUUUUGAAUAUUAAAAAUUAACCUACAGAGGAAAAUUAAUGGAGAAAGCUAUUUGCCUUCUACUUUUUCCACAAUUGUUGCUGCUAGUUGUACGCAUCUCUAGUUCAGCUCUCACCCAUGGGACACUCAUCAAUUCGGUUUUAUUUUUAUUUCUCUCUUCUACCCCCAGAAAUAAGCCUGUUCAUUUUUUUUGUUUUUGUUUUUGUUUUCCCUUCUCUGGAGACUGUGUGGUGAAUUCUUUCUUGCGUGGUCAGGUUGCGGAUAGACUUGUAAGGGUGUUUGCUGCAUACAGUGUAAGCAUUGUGACCGCCAAUAAACUUCAAUGGUUUCUAUUGA